AUUUGUAAACCUCUUGGUUAUCAAGAAUUCUAGCUGACAAGUUGUGAUGUAUUACGAAUCAAUAUGCCUCUGAUUAUUGGUGUAGGGGCGUCUUCGCGUACACACACGCUUAUCACUCAUGGUUUUAUUAUAAGCACAUUUCCAGUCUGUUUCCGUAGUUAAAUUAAAUAAUCACAUACAUAAGUCGAAAAAUGAUACAUAUUAAAUGUAAAGACUCUAAUCUUGACCCCAUACCAGUUAAGAUUGGUAUUAUUGGGGGCUCCGGACUUGAUGACCCAGAUUUUUUCGAGCAACGCCAAGAGAAGGUGGUCGAAACACCUUAUGGAGAUCCGUCGGAUUCUCUCAUAGAAGGCGAAAUUGGAGGUGUAAAGUGUGUGUUGCUAGCUCGUCAUGGCCGUCAACAUAACAUAAUGCCGUCGAAUGUCAACUAUAGAGCGAAUGUCUGGGCCCUGCGCCAAGUGGGCUGCACUCAUUUAUUAGUUUCAACAGCUUGUGGAUCAUUGCGAGAAGAAAUACAGCCUGGAGAUUUGGUGGUACCGCAUGACUUUAUUGAUCGCACUACUAAACGAGCCCAAACCUUCUAUGACGGCGGUCUUCAAAGCCCCCGAGGCGUUUGCCACUUGCCCAUGUAUCCGGCUUUUAGUGAGCGAACACGUGCCGUGAUUCUGGAGGCGGCAAAGGAGCUCGAUAUACCUACACACGAUAAGGCCACCAUCGUAACAAUUGAGGGUCCACGAUUCUCUUCCCGUUCCGAGAGCCAUAUGUUCAGGCAAUGGGGUGGAGAUCUCAUAAAUAUGACCACAUGUCCGGAAGUUGUUUUGGCCAAAGAGGCUGGCUUGCUUUAUGGGUCCUUGGCCAUAGCAACAGACUACGAUUGCUGGCGCAUGGGCUGCGAGGGCGUAAAUGUGCAGGAUGUGUUGCAAACGUUUGCCGCCAAUGUGAUUAAGGUGAAGAAGAUUUUAGUCAACGCUGUCGGACGAAUCGCCCAGCAGGAUUGGACCGAAGAUGUUCUCAAUGCCAAGCAAUGCGUUUGCAACAAUACCAUGUCUGGAGCUAUGUGACGCUUCCUCAAACUCUGCACUGAAAUCACACAGGACACGAUAUUGCGUCGAAAACCCCUUAUUAUGCCAACAAAUCCUAAGCUCUACAAAAAGCGCACACCAAAGCUUCAUUCAAUAUCCAUUGUCUAUGAAUUAGAACCUGGAAACAGUUCGGAAACAGUACCACAUCUUAAGCAAGAUCUAUAUGCAUUUCCGCCAUCGGAUCAGUUGGUUGGAUUUGACCCAUAAUUUGUCUUAAGAUAUGCUUCUCAUUCGAGUUUUAUCCAUGCAUUUUACAGCUUUCGGUAAUGUGAUGUUUGUAGCAUUUUGUAAAAUUUAUAAUUAAUCAUUUAAAGUUUUCAUACAUAGAGGGUUUAGCUCUGCCUCUAAAAUUAAAAGUACAAUUUGUUAUGACCUGAAA